CCUCUUUAUUAGCAAUAUUUACUGUAAUAAUUAGUAGCCCAUAAAGCCAAGUUUCUGACUUUCCAUAUAUUCUGUAUAUAUAUAUAAUUGCUGCAGAGACAACCUCCUUCUAAACAACUGUACCUUUGUAUCUGCUUCUUUUCCUUUGAAUACUUGAUGAGAAACCUCUGAGCCUUGUGUUACUACUUCCAACCAUCUCAUAAUCUUCUCAAAUAGACUGCACUACAAAUAGUCUAAUAGUUCACGCUAUCAAUUAGGCAUUUGUCCUCAGAACGGACAGAGUUUUUCUCAAUUUCGCAAUCUUCCUAGAGCAUUCAGCUAACAAAUAAACCAAUGGGUGGCUGUUGCAUGAAAGAGAGGAGCAGAAGGAAAGAUUCAGCUGUGUUGGCAGCUCAAACUUACUUUAGUGUGACUGAGGUGGAGAACUUAUACGAGUUAUUCAGAAGGUUGAGCAGUUCAAUCGUUGAUGACGGCUUCAUUAGCAAAGAAGCAUUCCAAGUUGGGUUAUUCAGAGACAGAAGAGAACAAAGUAUUUUCACUGACAGGAUGUUCCAUCAGUUUGAUUCAAAGCAUGAUGGGUUGAUAGAUUUUGAAGAGUUUGUCCAAGGUUUAAGCAUUUUCCAUCCAAAUGCACCGCAGACUGAAAAAGCUACCUUCACAUUUCAGCUAUACGACGUAUGGGAAACAGGUUACAUAGAGCCUGAGGAGGUAAGAGUGAUGAUUUUGGCUUUUCUAGACGAGUCUGCUUUGGUCCUUUCAGACGACAUCAUCCAAGGAAUAAUUGACAAGACAUUUGAAGAAGCAGAUUCUAAAGGUGAUGGGAAGAUUGAUCUGGAAGAAUGGGAGGGUUUUGUGGCUAGAACUCCUUCCAUACUGAAGAAUAUGACAAUUCCAUAUUUGAAGGACAUUACAACAGCAUUUCCAAGUUUUGUGCAGAGGAAUGAUACAGAAGAAAAAAUUUACUAAGAAUAUACAAAGAACAGUAUUUUCAUAUAUCUA